UGCCUGCGAGUGGAAGGGUGACGGCACCGGCGCGGUAAUCUCCGGCACCGGCGCCUCUGCCGGGUGCGUCGCCGAGUUCUGGUGGUGGGACGGCAAUGAGGGGGCGGCUGGGGGAGAGGGUCUCCCCCCAAAAGCCACCCCUGGAGCAGACGUCACCCCGGUCGCCACAAAACCCCUCGGUUCGCCGCCGCCGGUGUUUGCCACGCUGCCCGGUGCGGUAAAAUCCCGGUGUCCCCACCAGCGCCGGGCCUGCGAGAAGCGGACGCGGAUUUUUAGAGAGGUGAAGCGACCGGGGUUCAUCCUCACCACGAGGCUCGUGGUGCCGUGGAGGGCUCCUCGGCGAGCUCCCGGCCCAGCAGAACCGGUGCCGCAGCCCGCCGCGACCCUCACGCCGGCAGAGAGGAGGUAAGGGAACGGCGCAGAAACCCCUAUUUUUCGGUGCAUGAAGUUAAGAGCGGAGGCGCUUGUGGUAUUUGGGGGGAAAUCGGCCCCAAGGAGGAGGUUUCCUCGUCGCUGAACUCUUUACGCCGAUUUAGAACGCUCCGGCAACAUCUCGCCGAAACACCCAGACGGAAGGGAAUACCUUAGACGCCGUCAAAAUUCCCUCCAGUGCCAUUACCACCGGCUAAGCGAGGAUUUUUUCCCAUCUUGUUCUGGUUUAACCCCAGACUCCCCACCUGAGCGCCCGGGGAAAACUUUAGGACCAAAAAAAUGCCAUGAAACUCCCGUGGGCAGCGACCGGCGGCGGCACCGGGCCCCUCUAAAGCAGAAGAGGGGUGACAACGCCGUCACCGCCACCGGCCUCGCGUCACUAAGAAGGGUCUGACCUCGCGUUUAACGCCAGAAUUUUAAUGGGCCCCAGCCGGAGAUCGGAUUUGAGACCCACCCGCCUCAUUUUAAGGGUCCUCGUGCCCCCAUCCCCCCCCCCCCUCCAAACCCGUGCAAAGGCGGCCAUGGCAGAUGUAAACUCCAAGAGAGUAUCUCAGUUCUUGCAGAAAUGCGUUAAGCCGGAGGACAAGGGUGGGGAGGUGCGGCCGAAGGAGGAGGUGACGGAGGAGCCAGCUCUCCCUCUCGUCCCGCAGUCCUACCCACGGACAGUACAAGAGGAAAUCUCGAUGGUCUUCAACACCUACAACAUGGCGGCAGCCAACCUCGGGCCAUCGUCCAGGAGGAAAAGAGAGAAAGGCGGCGGUCAGGACGGCACCAGCACCGCGCUCUACGUCGACCGUCGCAAGUCCAAGGUGUGGAACUAUUACACCAAGCUGGGAGAUGCCUACGUGGAGUGCAACGUCUGCAAGAAACAGCUCUCCUUCCACAACAGCACUACCACGAUGCGGGAACAUCUAGUGAGGAAGCACAGCAUCCGCGACACCUUGCUCUCCCAGUUCAAGGACGACCAGACUUCCGAAUCCGACUAUGUGGCUCAGGAAAACGCCGCCAAACGCUCUCGGCAGACGACGCCGGAAAGCAGCCUCUACCACGCCGCGUCCUGUUCAGAACCCAGGACCGACGUGAUCCUGGAGCUGGUGCUGGAGAUGAUCUUCCGUGACUUGCACCCUCUCUCCGUGGUGAAGGACAAAGGGUUCGGGCUCCUCAUCGGGUACCUGGAACCAAAUUUUACCCUCCCGUCGCCCAUGCAGCUCUCCAGCAUGCUGUGGCACCGGUACAACGUGGUCAAGCAGCACCUGGAGCGCUACUUGCAGACAGCUCAGGCCAUCGUGGUCUGCGUGGAGUUCUGGGUUUCCCAGCUCAACCAGACUUACCUGACCGUCACGGCCAACUUCAUCGACGGGGAGUGGCGGCGGGCGCGGUGCAUCAUGGAGACGCAGCAAGCACACGAAGACAAAGCGGAGGAGGGCGAUUUAGGGGAGAAACUGUCCGCCGUCCUCUCCGAAUUCGGCUUGUCCAGCAAAUCCGUCUUCUGCGUUAUGCACGACAGCCCGCAGAGCACGGCAGCGAACUUGCAGCAGCUGAAGAACGCGUACGGCUGGAGCAGCCUGUGCUGCGCCGCUCGCACCCUUCACCUCUGCAUCAAAGCGGGGCUGGAAGUCGAGCAGGUCCAAGAAGCCCUGAGCGCUGCCCGGGGUAUCGUCAGGUACUUUCAGCAGGACGCAAAAGCCACCUGCUCCUUGAACAGCAAGCUGGAAGACAUCAAUAAAACCAAACUGAAACUGGUGAUGGACGUGGGCUCUCGCUGGAUAACCACCAUCGAAAUGUGCGAGAGUCUCUUAGACCUGAAGUGGGCCAUCAUGUCCGUGCUGGAGGAACACCCCAAGGGCACGGCGGCCGUCCAGAAUUUGGCCGACCACCAGUGGAAACUCCUGCAGGACCUGGUACCGGUCAUGAGGACGAUCAAGAUUGCAACGUCCUUCCUGCGCGAGGAGCAGAACGCGUCCGUAUCGUCUCUGAUGCCUUGCAUCCACGGGAUCAUCGCCGCCAUCGGACAGCAGUCGGAAGAGUCCGGCGCCAUCAUCAAGACAGUGGUAGGCAACAUCAGGUCAGAGCUGACGCAGCGCUGGGGGUUGUCAGAGGAUGAGAAAGUGCUAGAAAGUCCAGCGGUUAUUGCCUCUUUUUUGGACCCGCGCUUCAAGGAGAUGAGGUUUCUCAGCCCCAGCCUGAGAAGCGAGCUGCACAAGAGAGUCAAAAACAUGCUGUCGCAGGUUUUCAAUCACCAGUCCCCAUCUGCUACCCAGUUUUGGAUGCCAAACUUGGAUUACAAAGCCGAGGGCGGAGAUGCGGGCAGCCAGCUGUCUGCUCACAAGGACAGAUGCUCGAGCACCCCGUCACAGAGCAUGUACGACAUCCUUUUGGGGAAGGACCCGACAGAGAGCAUGCCGGAGAUCCACCAACAACUGGAAAACUACAUCGUGGAGCCUCUCUGCAAGCGCAGCACCAACCCGCUGGACUGGUGGAAGAACAACGAGCAUCGCUUCCCGGCCGUGGCGCGGCUGAGCCGGCAGUACCUCGCCGUCCCAGCGACUGCCGUGCUGCCCGACCGGGCCUUUGCUGCCGGUGAAAGCACCCUGGAGCAUCGUCGAGCCGUCCUGGCGCCGGAGAACCUGGACCAAAUUCUGUUCCUGCAUCAAAAUUUUGACUUUUUAGAAUCGAUGAGAAACAGCAGCGAGACUCGGAACAGAACUGUGCACUGACGCGCCCGGAGGCGGGCACGCGUGCGGAGCCCUUCCACAGCUCGGCGGGUGUUUAACCGACUGGCGGAGCUUUCAGACGCUGGCCCAACAGCCCCACCGCAGUUACCGGGUCUACGGCAGCGGCAGCCAGCGCCGAGUAUUUUUUCCAAACUCCUGCCUACACGUUUUUGUCAUCGCUUUGGCAACGCCCGCAGCGAAGAGCGAGCGUCGGAGGAGGUGUGAACGCACCGCCUUCCAGCACUGGCUUUCUCAUCCACCACGGAGCCUGCAGUCCCUGCUUUAUUCCUUAGGCUCUCUUUUAAUUCCUCUUUUUAUUCCUCAUUUGCUCCCUGCUCGAGACCUCCGCUCCUCCCUACCCACAUCAGACCCACCCAGGGCGCGCAGCCCAGAGCCGGGGCCAGGCCUGAAGCCCCGGGCGCGUCCUCAAGCUCCCGAAACUCAGGCACGGUCCGUGCCCAAGUGUUUUUUCGGACGUAAACAGGGCAAGCCGGGAGUUAAGAACAGGCUUGGACAGGUGCCGAGCCGCCAGCACAAAUACAGGCCUGGUGACUUCAUUAUCCCACAUGGAUACAAGACACGGUCGUGCCAACACCCACAAAUACCACGUUCCUCGACCACAGCGCGCUGUUUUCCAAUACCCGCGAGCGGAGCGUGGCCCGGAGGACGCUGGGGCUCUGCGGAGCUAACGUCGCCUGGGACAGCACAUUGGGGGAUGUCCUGCAGCGAAGGGUGGGGAAAGACCCUCGAAAUACAUCAGCUUUAACUUGAAAUCACCUCUGGGUUUUCCUCUGGGGUAUGCUAAUGAGCUAUAAUUGUAGCAAGCAGAGGUCAGUACCUUAACGUAUGUACAUAAUUAAGAUCGCUCAGUGCUGCAACAUCCCACUUUUUUUCCUUAAAAGAAACAGCCCCCCCCCCCCCCCCAAUUUCCAGCCUUGCAGUUUUUUCCUGUUGAAUUUGCUAAAACUUUCAGCCCUCACAGCCACUUUCCUGUCUGCUGGCAGGGCUGCUGCCAACUUAAAUGAACAUUACGGAAAGGCCUGUCUUCGUUUUUGGAAGGCAGCUGGUUUCCAUUUGAAAUCAUAAGGGCUAAAUUAAAAAUAAAAGUUUCUUUGACUUUUUUUUUUUUAAAUACAAGUUAUGAGAAGCGAAAGGAUAACAUCUGCACCCACUCUGCAAAGCCUCCUUCUGCUUUGGGUAAAGAAGUUUAUCGAGGCCCAGACCUGAAGAUUGGUCCUUUAAAGAGUAAAUGGAACCAAAAUAUGGAUUUGUUUGUACUGGACAUGACUAUUCAGCCUAGCAAAAUUUAAACAAAGCCAUGAAAAUCUCAUGGCCUGGUGACAAAAAAAAAAGCCUUUUAUCCCUCCUAGCAUAAUGACAGUGGAGACAAGACCCCUUAUUUAUAUUUCAUUCACUGAACUUAUCAAACCCUCAAUUUUCACUACCAAAUGCAGUUUAGCGAGGCAGUGUUAUUUAUGCAAAUAAACACAAAUCAGUGCAAUAAUACACAACUGGCUAUGGUGCUUUAAAUAUUACAAAAGGCUAACACUGACUCCGCUUGAUAACUGAGACAACUCACGGCAGACCAAACACGCUUAACCACCCCGAUUCUCCUGCCGUGUCUGUGGCUGCAGUGCCCCAGCACUCUCUGGUGGUAAAUCAAACCAGGGAACAUCACCACGUCACACACAGCUCCUGCUCCAUCCCUCACCGAACGGGAACCGGACGGCAAAAGCCGGUUCCUUGUAUUUUGCGGUAGCAGAACGAAGGAAACAUUUGCAUUCGGACUGGAAGGAGAGUGAAGGAGCCUUAACACAACGGCGGGUUACAGCCUGGAGCAGUCCCCGGACUCAACAGGUUUGUGGUCUCAAGCUUUAAGAGAGUUUUAGGAAUAAUAAGGACCCAUCUUUACACCCCUCCCUGCCCACCGACCGAGGGACUGGGCCUGUGGAAGGACAUGCCCAUGUUCUUCUUUCAAGACUGAUGUACACAUAGCAUGCCGUGUUCGCACCACCAACCAAGCGUAAUAAACUUUGUUUUAAUUAUUUAAUUAUUUAAAGCAUAACCAGCAAGAGCAGUCCAAGAACUUUUACAUCUCCUAUUCAAGAACCCAAUUUAUAAGCUAUGUAGAAAGCACAUUUUAAAAAGAACCCACUUUACUUGGCUCAGAAGAGUGCUAUAGUUGAGAUCUGAAAUGCUGUGCAUGACUCUCCCUGUAUGGCAAAACAAGGUAUUAAAUAUGAUGAGAAUUUCUCAGUGA